CCAAUUCCCACACAACACCCAUCCAUCGUCUCAUCGAUUCCAAGCCUUGGAUCACAAACUCUGCCACAAAUUGAUCUCAUCCUCGUUGAUCACCCUCUCUCUAUAUAUAUUUCAGAACUCUGAAACCAUGGCAACCAGAGCUCUCCUCCUCGUCGCUACAGCUGCAGCGAUCUUCGGCACAGCGUUCGGCGCCAGCCACACCGUGGGCGCGCCGGGAGGUUCGUGGGAUCUCCGGACCAACCACGGCCAAUGGGCUUCCAGCAUCAAGUUCCGCGCCGGCGACCAGCUGGUGUUCAAGUACUCCCGCGCGGCGCACAACGUGGUGGAGGUGAGCAAGGCGGACUACGACGCCUGCUCCGGCUCCAGCCCGCUCGCGUCCUUCCAGACCGGCAACGACGUCGUCCCGCUCCCGGCUGCCGGCACCCGGUACUUCAUCUGCGGUGUCCCGGGACAUUGCGAUGCCGGCAUGAAGGUCCGGGUUAACGUGGAGGCAGCGGCUUCUUCUUCCACCGAUGCCCCGGCACCGGCGGGUCGUCGUGCGCUCUCGCCGGCUUUGGCGCCCAUGCCGAGUGCCAUGACGCCGGCUGCUGGUGGCCAGGCGGUGCCUCCGUCGAGCUUGGCGGCGUCGGUCCGUGUUGGGUCGGUGGGUCUGUUUCUGGGAGGCAUCUUGGCGGCUGAUGGUCUCAUGGUCUUGUACUAGAAUCAACAACAAAAAAUGUCGAUCACUAUUGUUUUUAGCAUUUCUUUUACAUGUAUAAUUGCUCCAUGUACGCUCAUUGCAUUUGUAUUGUUCAUUCUGCCAGAUAUAUACUUCGAUUCAGUGUAAA